AUGGCUUCCGAGCCCCCCAGCUCCCGCCCGGACGACAGCUCCCCCGGCUCCUCCCCCGACCAGCUCACCGUCAAUCUCCAAGUCGUGUCACCGUCAGUCGGUGUCAACCGCCCCUUGAUAUUCCCUGGCCUUGCCGCCACCACCACUGUCCAGCAGCUCAAGCACAAGAUCCGCGAGACCCUGCCGCUGCGACCUGCCGAUGAGAACCAGCGACUGAUCCAUCGCGGCCGUGCAAUCGUCCGCGAGACCGACACCCUGCUCACCAUCUUUGGUGCGGAUGCGCUCCGGGCCCCCGACCAGCAGACCAUCCAUCUGGUCAUUCGCGAAACCCAAGACUCUCAGUCUCCUGCUCCGCAAGCCGCCGCUUCGGGCCCCAACCAAUCUGCCCCAGUUCAACCUGCAAGCCUUCACCAGCAGGCCCUUCGCCAUGGCAUCGGGCCCAGGAGACUCACACCCACCCCGUCGACCGGUCCGUACCCUCGGCCGCGCGUGCCAUCACCGUCCCCACACUACACGCCCGAGCAGGCUGCUGCCUUCCAACAUCAGCACCAGAACAUGACGCAGUGGCUGAAUCACAUCCAGCGCGAAGCCAUGGCUAGAGCUCAGAACCAACGUGCUCGCGCUCAGAUGGGCAUGCGCGGUGCUGGCGAUGCUGCCGGUAACGUGAUGCACAACGGCGGCGACCGCACUGGUCAGCCAGCUCACCAACUUCCCGGUCAGACUGCUGCCUACCGUGAUCAUUUCGGUCUUAAUGGACAAACGCACAACGGCGGCGACGAUGGCCAGCUAACCGAGCCUCCCACUCGCACUCUCUACCGUGAUCAUUAUCUCGGUCCUAACGGCCAGACUUAUUACCAGAUCACGGCGCCCACGACCCCUAACGGCAUGUCUCCGGCUGAGGUGCAGGGCAUUCUUCGAGGGGCGGAUGGUAACCAAGCCCCCCCUACAAUGACCAGCGCCAUGCAGAGAAGCACUUCCAACACCUCGCUGCAUAAUCGGUCUAUCGCGCCGCCUGCAGGUUCUAGCUACCUGUUUUCCACGCCUUUCACCAUGAUUUAUAACGGAAGGCCCUCCCCCGACCCUACAGGAGCUCGACAGGCCGGUGCAGGAAGCAAUAACGCCACACGUCAGGGCCCUGAAGUCUACAUCCUGUCUUCCCCAGAUGGGCCCCGGGCAUUGCUCUUCAACAACUCAAGCUCCGACACGUACUAUACGCCACGGUUGAGAAGUCAGCCAAGUAUUCCCCAACUCAGGCACUCUCACCCAUCAGCGCUGGGUAAUUUGAUAUAUGAGACCCAAGGACAGACCCGGAGCAGGCAUCAUCACCAUCAUCAUCAUCACCACAGGCCUCAUCCUCAGCAGCAACAACAGCAGCAACAGCAGCAGCAACAGGCUCAGCCAAUGGUACAAGUGCAGCCACAACCGCCAUAUCAGCCAUUGCAGCAGAAUCUGCCACCGCCACAGCCAGAGCAAAGACUCCAGGACCCAGUGAACAAUGGGGCUCAGGUUCAGGCCCAAAACCAGCCUCCCAUUGCUGCGUUGAUGCACCAUGGCAACCCACCGGCGGCGGCGAUUCCACCUUUGUUGAUGCAGUUAUGGCCGCAGCUCUGGUUGUUGUUCCGCCUGGCUCUAUUUGUGUGGUUCUUCACCAACCCCAACGCAAGUUGGUCGAGGUGGUUUACCAUUAUCUGCAUUGCAUUCUUCAUCUUUAUUCUGAGCACUGGAGUGUUGAAUGGCGUUCCUGAGCACAUUUGGCGACCUCUGGGUCGGCACCUCGAGAACUUGAUCCCUCUGGAUCCGCGAGCUGCCCAAAGGGCCGACCAGAAUCAAGAAAAUGGUGCCCAGGGAGAGAACCGUCAGCCAAACCCGGCCGACAUGGCAGCGAGACUGAUUGCAGAGAAUCAGGGCCACGACGGUUGGCUCAUGACGCAGAUAAGGCGACUUGAGAGGGCCGGUCUCCUAUUUCUGGCUAGCAUUGCACCGGGCGUAGCUGAGAGACACAUUGCCAAUCUGGAGGCAACGGCACGAAUUGAUCGAGAGCGCAGAGAGGCUGAGGCGGCAGCCGCCCAGGCAAAUGCCGAGAAUAGCGGUGAAAACAACCAGGAAGGGGAGAACAACAAUAAUGAGGCAGAGCAGAACAAUGGGCAAGAUGGGCAAGAUCAACCACUGCCCCGGCCUGAUCAAGCGGGACAGGAUAACAACCAGGCUGAUAUCCCAGCGAGGGAGCAGCUCAUUGCGGUCUAG